GAAGUGCCUCCUUCCCCACCUGUACAGCUCCCAGGAUGGCCCAGGCAGACAGCAAGAUGCUGGUUCUGGGAGCGUUAGCAGGAGUGGCCGGCAUCAGCCUGGCUGUGGUGUGUUACCAGGGUUUUAAAUCAAGACGAAGGGCCUCGUUCCCGGGGUACUACCAUAGCCGCACUAGUGAACAGGGGUCGGGGCUCAUGUUGGUGGAUGGCCCCGGUUUGUCCGGUGGUCAGGCUGAGGUGCUGCAGCGCCUUGAAUCCCUGAUCCAGUGUGUGUCUGAGCUGAAGGAUGAGAUGAAGGCUUUGAAGAACGCUCUGCCAACACUCCCAGACCAAGUCAGGGAAGAGCUGAGGGGACGUGACCAUGCGCGUCGAGUCAGCCCUCUGUUCAGGACCACACCAACACGAAGGAAAAGGGCUGCAGGCUCCAUCGCAGGGUCCAGACCUGAGGGUCGCAGCUCAGAGGAGGCAGAGAGCGAGGGAGGGUAUAUGACUGCGCUGACAGACUCAGAGGAAGAAGAGCUCAGUGAUGCAGAGCGGAGGGAUGAGGAGCAGCCUGUGGACAAGUUAUGUGUCCUCCUGGAGAGGAUUGACUGUUUGCAUCAGGGCAGUGAGUCUGAGAAGAGGGAGAGUCUCAGUAUCCUUCUGGAGCAGAGAGAGGAGUUCGGACAGAACUCAUCGUUUCUGUGGCGGCUGACCCGAGCCUACUGUGAUGUUCAUGACGUCAGCGGCACUCUGGAGGAGAAGAAGACCCAUGCAGAAACUGGGAAGAAAGUUGGCGAGGAGGCGGUGAGCUUGAAUCCUACAUGUGCUGAAAGUCAUCAGUGGUACGCCAUCAUGUGUGGAAUUAUGGCCGAAUAUGACACAGUACAAAACAAGAUAAAGAAUGGAUACAUAUUUAAGGAUCAUCUGGAUAAAGCCAUCGAGCUGAAACCACAGGACCCCAUGUCCUACUACCUGCUGGGCCGCUGGUGCUACGCUGUGGCUCAGUUGUCUUGGAUUGAGAGGAAAGUUGCUGCAACUCUGUUCGGAGAACCUCCGAGUGCUACAGUUGAAGAUGCACUGAAGAACUUUCUGAAGGUCGAGGAGAUCCAUCCUGCAUAUUCUAAACUCAACUAUGUAUUUCUAGCUAAGUGCUACAAAGACCUGGGGCAGAGGGAAGAGGCCAGGAAGAUGUGUGAAGCUGCUUGUUCAAUGGACGCCGUCUCCAAAGAGGACGAGGAGGCACAAAGGGAGCUGAACUCACUCUGUCCAGCGCUCGGAGUGUGACAGCAGAGGAGAAGCUAUUUGGAGAUGUUCCUUCCGUGUGUGUGUGUGUGUGUGUGUGUGUGUGUGUGUGUGGGUGGGUGUGGGUGUGGGUGCGUGUGUGUGUGGACACACCAUGUAUUGAUUGGCCAUCAUGUUAGUUCACUCUGUGAGUGUAUGGAGCCAUGUCAUGGCAUGAUAUCACCAAUGGGAGCAAAAGGCCGCCACAUUUAGAACCGUCCUUUGUACUUUUAAAUCAGACUUGUAUUCUAAUGUUUUUCUUUGUAAUAAUGGAAAAGAAAAAAAUACUUUUCAUACCUCAUUGUACAGAUCAGUGAGAAGCUAAAAAUACCAUCUCUGUCCAUCGGGUUAAUUGGACUGAUUGUAGCACACAUUCUCUCAGAGGUCUGGUUGCUCUGAUAGGAGCAGCGUCUCUCAAGGAUACUAAGUUUCUUUGACAACAAAGACCUAUCACUUGUUGGGAAAGUGACCCACAGGACUUGCUGUUCCUUCCUGCUCCGUCCUGUGUUUUGUUGCGUCUCCCACCACGCAUUCAAGUGACAAUAACAAAAGCCCGUCAGACAAUGGCGCACCCAAACAUCUUGUUGUGACCACUGGGUGACCUCGUGAUUCUCCCCACCUUCAUACAGAUCUGCAUAAAGCUCUCGUGCAACAUUUACUUUGUCAAAUAAUUAACACACACACGUAGAUAAAUGUGUUCUUUGGUGAUCUCUUCUGUGAUCUGAAUCAUGAGAUCUGAUGUACUGUGGUUGUUGCUUUUGGCACCUGUCCACUGAAGAGUUACCUCCUGCUACUCAGCUGCUGUGACAGUUUGGUCACGGCAGUUCAUCAAAUCAUCCAACAUGAAGACAACACAACAGACUGUUGAACAGCCCUCAGUGCAGAAGGUUCUUUAAUAUUUUUCCUGGACUCCUGAUGUGAAUAUGUCAACAACCAUCAGUGAUGCAUUUUAGUUUGAACUCUCAGACUGUUCCAUGUGAGUAUAUCAGAUGUGGCCUAUAUGUCUGAUUUGACCCUGGAUGUUUGAGGUCUUGUGUUUAUUGGGUUCUUUUUACAUGUUUGUCAUAUCAUGGAGAAAAAAAAGAACACGAAAAUGAUGGUGUUCUUUCCUCUGAAGGUUUUAUAUGGAGCACCUGUACAGGUGUUUUUGAGCAGAUCUCCCUUUGUAGUCCAGAUUUCCACUUGGAAUCAUGAAGGUGUCUCUUCCUCCAGGAACACCUUUGAUUUCCCACAUGUUCCUUUUUGAACAUUUACACGGAGCUCAGACUCAAUUACAUUUUAGUGAUCUAAAAAAAAGUUUUAAAAACUGUUCGAUUUAAUACGUAUUUUGUCUAGACAUCGGUUCUUGUGUUUUUUGUUUUUUUUUUUAACUUUUCCAACGUCAAGGGAAAUGUAGAGCUAUCUAAAGCACACCACUCAAACGCAGUAUGCCAAGUUAUAAAAGGAUUUGAUGUUUAUAGAAGGCUCUCAUUACGCUACAUACUGUAUAUACAACACCUAGUUAUGCUGGUUGAGGUUCAAUUAAGGUUUGGCACAGGUUCCAAUAAAUGUAAAAAACAUAUAUAUAUAAAUAUAUAUAUAGUAACAAAAGAUGAUGAAAAUGAGAUUCACUGGUACUCUGAAGAACAAAUAACAUGUUUAGAUGUUUAUGUUGUUUAAAAAUGACCUUACUGGAGUCAUCUGAACCUCUCAGUGUGGCAGAAAGAGAAUCAUAACUCUGUUUAAACUCAUGGAUGAAGCAGCAAAGGCAGUCCCACUGCCUUAACGUAUUGCAAUGAUGCAUUCCCCGUUAGAUAAAACCACUAAAACGUGACUCGAUUAGGCUAAAGUAAUGAUUGAAUGUUUUAUUUUAUUACUGUUUCUCACAUUCCUAAUUGUUUUGUCGUCGAUGUUUCAGUGAUGCAUUUUAGAAAUGCAUAUUGUGUGAAUUAAGUUUGGUUUUCUGUGGAGAUUUGUUGUGCAGUCUGAUUAAUUCUAAUUUAAUUUUGUGUUUUGCCUGCAGUGUGUCAAUUACAAGAAGAACUGCUUUUGUCACUACAGAUUUUUUUUUCUACCAGCACUAUGAAUGUAUUUGAUUUUUUUUUCAAAUGCCAAAGCAAGCUCAAUAUUCCUCAAGGUUAUAUCAAAUCUGAUAGAGAUUAUGCUGUGCAGUAUCAUAGGCAGUGUGCAAUGAAUGAUUAAUGGUACUGUAGUCUAUAAUUAAAUCUGUGCAAUCCUGAUA